AUGAGUGGCAAGAACACACAGCCAGCGGCGGGAGAAGCAGGUCAAGAAGCUGUCAUUUCGCCUCGGUUAAGCUCUGAUUCACGGUCGUCGUCUUCUCGGAGCUCGUCGCUGCGGCGAGAGCCCGCAAAACUGUCCCACCGCCAGAGUCUUGGUGACUCUCUCAGAGGCGUCCCGUCUUCGCCUCGAGCCCGUCGGCAACCUUCGUUCACUCAAGCUGCUGUCCAGAGCCUGAUAGAUAACCCCCCCUCGCAUGCAGCUGCCGAUCCAGCUUUCUCUGGUCGAGAUUGGACGCAGAUUUCAAUUGGCGAAUUGGUGCAGCCCGUUGAUCUAAAGUUUGUGGACGCAGACACUUCGAUUGAAGAUGCUACGAAUCUUCUCAUCGAGUCCAGUGCGCACUCACUGCUUAUCCGAGAAUCUCCAGGCUCCUCUACUGCAGCCGGUACAUUCGGCUAUGCUGACCUUAAUGCAUACCUCCUCCUCGUUGUGGGAUUGAUACAGCCAAGUCAUGAAGAACAGGCGGCGUCUCUACGCGAGCUCGCGAGGAGAGCAAGGGAAGGGGAGAAAAUCCCGCUCAAGGACGUCAAGGGACUUGGAAUGCAAGAACCCCUCACCACUAUGCCGCAGUCUACCAAUCUAAUGACUGCUGUUGAAACGUUUGGAGGAGGCGUGCAUCGCAUCAUUGUGGUGAAGGAAGGUACUACAGAGGUAAUUGGGGUGUUUACUCAAUGGAAAUUGGUCAAGUUCCUUUGGGAGAACGGGCGUAGUUUCCCGGUUAUUGAGCAAUUAUACCCGCAACAUCUGAGAGAGCUGAGGCUAGGCUCGCACUGUGUGGUAUCAAUCAACGGAGAUCGGCCACUGUGUCAUGCAUUGGAACUGAUGAACAACGAAGGAGUUUCAUCCCUUGCGGUGGUUGACAAUCAAUGGAAUGUUGUUGGCAACAUAUCUGUUGUCGACGUCAAGCUUUUGACAAAAUCUACAUCGCUCCCCUUGCUUCACAAUACCUGCAUUCAUUUCAUCUCAGUUAUCUUAUCUACUCGUGGUAUAACAGAAGGACAGGACUCCUUCCCAGUCUUCCACAUUAACCCGCAGUCCACUCUUGCCCAUACAGUUGCCAAACUCGUUGCCACCCGUUCUCACAGAAUGUGGGUUACUGAUCCUCACUCACCGGCCUCAUCUACACCAUCUACACCGUCACACUCCUCUACCAACAUUCCUUUAGGAUCAGCCCCAAACCAUACCAGCAGCAUUGCCGGGCCUGCCGUGGGCAGUACUGGGGCUUCUCUGCCUUCUCCCCCACCGACCAAUGUUGCCUCAGGCAACAAUGGCAAUAACCAUCCACAGAACGGGAAUGGACAUGCACGUCCUACCCAUAACCCCAUUUCACCUUUCCAGUACCCUCAAACAGCAUCUUCAGCACAUUACCCUUCCUUCGGCACCUCUCCUCCAUCCUUUACAGCAUCCAUAUCUACUUCGAUCCCUGCCUCGGCACUCCCAGGAGCUAGCUUAUCCGGUCGUCUUGUUGGGGUUGUCAGUUUGACUGAUAUCCUCAACCUUUAUGCCAGGGCCAGCGGACUAUACCCUACAGAUCCUAAUGCUAACCGCACUCGGAGGCGACGCAGCAGCAGCUCCAGUCUCAAUUUCAGGAAAAGCGGAGAACUGGCAAGGGAGCUGUGGAAUCGUCCAUAG